AUGAUUGGACGUUAUAUAUGUCGGUCAAAUCUAACAAUAUUUUAAUUGGCUUAUUUUGACUUCCGGUUGAAAGUGCUGCAGCUGAUUGGCGAGGCAAGGAACAACCCGAAGUAAGCCGACUCGUCGCAGCUCAGGGAGAUCCGGUGUAGGAGAUGCGAGCUGUGUUGUGUAUUGUUGCAGUGGCGGUCCCAAUGGGGGUGCUGCUGUCUCGGACCAUGGCUUGGAUGUCCAGUGGCAAAACGCACCAAGAGCUCAUGACCAGACUUAGAGAUCACGGUGUGAUCCACAGUGACCGAGUGUUUGAUGCCAUGCUGGCCACAGACAGAGGAAUCUACUCCAGAGAUUACCCAUAUGCAGACUCUCCACAGUCCAUAGGCUUUAGAGCCACCAUCAGUGCGCCACACAUGCACGCGCAUGCCUUAGAGCUACUGAGCGACAAACUCACUGAAGGAGCGUCGGCCUUGGACGUGGGCUCAGGAAGCGGAUAUCUCACGGCCUGCUUUGCACGAAUGACAGGUAAGAGCGGCAGAGUGGUGGGAGUUGAACACAUUGACGAGCUGGUUCAAAGUUCAAUAAAGAACGUCCAAGCUGAUGACCCGGAACUUAUCUCCUCUGGACGCAUCCGACUUGUUGUGGGAGACGGAAGGCUCGGGUACCCAGAGGGAGCGCCGUAUGACGCUAUUCAUGUCGGUGCAGCUGCAGCCACCAUUCCUAAGGCACUCUUGGAGCAGCUGAAGCCUGGCGGGCGGUUGGUGCUCCCUGUGGGCCCCGAUGGCGGCAGUCAGGUGCUCGAACAGUACGACCGCCAGAGUGACGGGACCUUCCUCAAAAGAGCUCUGAUGGGAGUUGUUUACGUACCCUUGACAGACAAGAGACGACAAUGGCCCGGAGGCGAGCUCUGAUUGCAGUAUUGUCUCCACUGCAGGAGGGGGCAGUGCUGCUGCAUGCCUUCAGCCCUAUGUUUCCUUUUGCACAAGGAGGAUUUCUGUUUGCCUCUUACUGUCUUCCAAGAGUGCAAUAACAGUGAGCAACUAAAUGAGUAAUAAUUGUCUGUGUUUGUUUCUCUGACGAAUGUUGGAGGUUUGAAUAGUUUAAGCUAGUUUGCCUGAACUGCAAGAGCAAAGCGCAAAAAAAGCCAUGCAAUAACAACUAUAGAAGCUUAAAAUUAUAUUUCAAGCCUACAAGUGUUUUUAUACAUACAGUAUAUCUACAUUACUAUGUAAAAUAUGCUGCUGAGAUUGUGCCAUAACAUGAUUUGUUAAAAAAUGUAUGUUAUGUUUUAUCAGAUUUGUUUGAAACAACUGUCAUACUGCAUAUGCAACAUAAGCUACACACUUAAAAUCAAAUUAAACUGCACACUAAUAAGGGCAUAUAUAGUGAUAUUUCAUUAAUAUUGUCAGUAUUGAUAUAGGAUACCCACCUUGUAACUGAGUGUUUUAAUCCACAUUGAAAAAAUAAAAUGUAAAUUACUAUAUUUUCAUUAAAUGUGACUUUUGCA